UUGUCAGACGGUCCCUUACGCAUCAAACGCCCAUAUAGCACGUCAAAGCUUUCUCCGGUUUAAAUUUGCUGCUACAAUACAGUUUUUAAAUUAUAUUUUCAUGUUGAUAUAAAGUUGUUGCAUAUUGUUAAAACUAAUCGUGGUAGUGGUAUCUUUGUAGGACUGUCGACUCUAUAGAACAGAGGCAUGCGAAAGCGAAUGUCCAGCGAAUAUCGAACCUAAAACUAACUUUACUGCGCUAAUAGAUGUCAUCUUGAAUCGCCAUGCUUGGGUCAGGAACAACUGCAGCACAGAUGUUGGAAACCUUCAGCUUGAUGUUUUCAUCAGAUUGUUCAGGGAUUCCGUACAGACGAAGAUUCCAUCUGCGCUGAUAUCGUUCGGUUUCAUUCAGUUUUUGCUCAAGCUCAGAGAUCUUGGUAUUAUUCAGAUUCACAGUAGAUUUACAGUUUUUCAUGUCGGUUUUCAAUGCAUUGACUUCUUCAAACACAAAGUCAAUCGAUUUCUCGCGACCCUCAAUACACACUGUUUUGGGUUAUCAAUUUUCCGAGAUUGUCUGCACUCUCCUUGAUUUCAGAUGUCAAAGCCACAAUUAUGUUAUCUUGUAAUUCUGUCAGCGAAAUGUCCCCUCGAGAUUUCUUUUGCUGAGGUUUCACAGGCGUAUCUUGGUUAGAGUCAUACGCUGACUCGAGGACUGGACUCUCACUCCGAGAGAGAUCCGGACAUUGCUGGCUGUAUUCAUGGUCAGUUAUGAAAUGUGAGGCAGAUACAACUCCAGCACCGACAGGAAUGCCAAGUUCCAUUUCUUCCGUAAGGACAUUAGAAGUAACGUUAGAGCACUUAUUUUUCCUUUUGUGCUUCAUUGUGCAAUCCGAAGCAUCCUUGUGCAAGAAUGGCCGUCAAGUUAGAAACUUAAAUUAAACCAACCAAAACUACAAGCGACUUUGCUAAAAAAGAUAACAAAAAUGCCUAAUGCAUAAUCAAACAAUAUUCUCACGACCAGGUUUAAUUUUAGGUUAAAACCUGGGAAUGGAAAGGAUAAACGCCUCAUUGCUUCCUCACCGGCCAUCUUGCGCAACCCCACGCGUCCGAAGUUCGCUCGCCAAAUACGACGUCAUCGCGGUGUUGGCGGAAGUUCGCUUUGAGUGCGCGCGACGUCGUUUCGCGUGGCGGUGUGCACAACAUUUUUUGUAACUUUCCGCACAGCUCCGCUUCCGAAGAUGCAGGAGUUCUGGGCGAUUCUAGCCAUACAUGCUCGUCUGUGCCGGCAUUUGUGUGAAACAGAAGCAGUUUGAUGUUGUUUUCAAACUCCACCAGGCUGAGUAGUACUGGAGCUUGUAUCUUUGGGGUCCUGCUGGAAAAUGAGUCCAUGGUGCUCAAACUUCAGAAGGGGACUAAAGAGGAAAGCAACCUCAUAUGUGACCUUGUUCAGGUCUUGACUGAAGACGAUCCUGAUGUUGUGAUGAAUGCUGCUGGAGCCAUAGCCUCAUUGGUUGAAACUACAUCAGGGCGGACAUGGUUCCUUCAGAUCCAAAGUGUGUUCAGUGGGGUCCUUGAGAGCUUAUCUGUUCUUCUAGAGAAUGAGAGAGAGACUACGGUUAACUCUGCAGCACUUAUUCUUGCACGGCUGUCCCUGUGUGAAGAAACCUGUGAAAAGGUUUUAUCCCAUUCAUCUGCCUGCAAGAUAUUCAGAUGUUUGACACAAUGCUUAUCUUGUAGCCACAAAGACACAGCCAUGAAUGCAGCAUUUGCUGUUGGCCGCCUAUGUGGUAGCAGACAAGCCAAGAUCCUCAUUCUGAGAGUGGCCAAAGAGUGUCAGCUGGUUAGUCGACUGCAGGCUCUGCUGUUGAGUGGGUCAGGAGUGGAGAUGGGCCAAACAGUGUGCUUUGCUCUGAGCUGCUUAGCAAAUUAUGAAGAUGGCCAUGCUCUGCUGAUGGAAAGCACCUCUGUCCCUGCAUUGCUGGAUGGUCUUUUACUGCUGUUGCAGAGCCCAGACCCAGACAGUAUCUGGUUUGCUGCUAUGACAGUGCGAAUGCUGGUGUCCCGGCCGAGUGGAGUGGUUCUUGUCAGGAUGCAUUGUCCUCUGCAUGAGCAGUUAAAGUUUCUCUCUAUGUCACCAUCCACUGGGCUAGAGCUGCAGGAGGAGGUCAACUUGUGUCUCAGGAAACUGGAGUGUUUAUCCAAACCACAUCCAGUGAUAGUUAAAAACCUCUCAUCAACGAGCUGCACUGUAUCAUGGGAGAAGUGUGAGCCUGAAAGCGGCCUGGAGGUCAUAUACAGUCUCUUUGACAAGGACGUCAUGCUGUACCAUGGCCUGUUGUGUCAGGUGGCCAUACCUGUUUCUCCCAAGCAAUCUAUGGAACCCCUUUCCCUACAGCUCAACCUGUCUACACCUGAUGGUGACAUUAGUCCUCUCAGUGAACCUGUGGUUAUUACUCCAGAGCAGCUGGACACUAGACUUAAGCCUCCACGAGAGCUCUGUGUGAUUGGCUCUACAGCUACACAGGUACGCCUGUGCUGGAUAGAGCCAGAGGAAGGAACCAAACCCAAAUCAUACCAGAUCUACUGUAAUGACACACUGGUGAAGACCACUACUCUGCUGGGGGCUACAGUUGGCUGUUUAUCUCCUGGUACCUCCUAUCAGCUGAGUGUGAGUUCACUUGGUCCAGGGGACACAGAGAGUCCUAGAGCAGUAACUGAGGUGAGGACAGCAGAAGAUCAAGAUCAUGCUCCUUCUGUGGUUGCUGUAGUUGUCCUGGGACGACAUGAACUGCAGAUAAACUGGGUCGCUCCAGUCGCUCCUUUGGGGAGACUCUUCAAAUAUGAGCUAAGUCUAAAUGGGUGUGUGGUGUACCUGGGCCCAGAAAGGUCAUACACUGCUUGUCGCCUGUCUGCUAACAUGGCAUACACCUGUGUUGUGACAGCCAUCACCUCCAGGGGGCGCUGUCAAAGCAGUCCGGUCACAAAGAAGACAGCACGGGAUGAAUUCCUGCACUCACAUAGGUAUCUGCACUCCCACAGCCACCAAUUAGCCUCAAAACACUCCACUUCUUUUUCAAGCAUCCAAGUGAUAAAUGAGAGCAAAAAGAAUGACACAGUUUCACCAGCUACACUCAAGUCUAAGGUCCACCCCACUAUGGUCCCGCACAGAGGCCUUGACCUUAAAAAAGACAGACACAGGCGAACAUCAGUUCAGAUAUGUAGUCCUAAAGGAAUUCAAUCUUCCAAUCACACAUCUAAGAGAUACAGACAGGGUCCAGCUGGUGUGUUUCCUGUGAGCUCUGACUGUCUUACGGUUCCUAGCCAGGAACAUUCUGAGCACAUGUUCCGGUCCUUGACCAUGUCAUCAACCCCAGAGGACCUCAGACACUUUAGGGCCAAGAUCAGCCCAGCCAGACUGCAGUGGAACUCAGACAGAAAAGGUCCCAUAGACAGAGAGAAACUACCAGGCAUCAGCAAACAAAUCUCAGGGGAUGUGAGACUGCUUCAGCCUGUUUCGUUUAGUUGGUCUAAUCUGGAAUGGACAAAACAACAUCGAAACAGACCACAAAGGGACAGAAAUAAAACCGUUUUGAAGGUCCAAAGUCAGCAAAGAGGAAGACGAUAUCAAAUACCAUCACAAACCAAACUCACAUAACAAACGGUGGAAAUCUUGGCUACCUAAAUUAAUGUUUAUAUAAAUCCAUAUUUAUUUUAUUCAAAUGUGUCUUUCUCAAUA